AUGGAGGAAGUGAAAACAUUUGCAGAACUUGGUUUGCGAGAAGAGCUCGUGAAAGCUUGCGAUAGAUUAGGAUGGAAAAACCCAUCAAAAAUUCAAGCCGAAGCUCUUCCUUAUGCUCUUGAAGGGAAAGAUGUAAUUGGACUUGCACAAACCGGUUCUGGUAAAACCGGAGCCUUUGCUUUGCCUAUAUUGCAAGCUCUACUUACGUAUGUUUAUGAUUCUGAGCCUAAGAAAGGACGUAGACCUGAUCCUGCUUUCUUCGCUUGUGUUUUAUCACCAACUCGAGAGCUUGCAAUACAGAUUGCUGAACAGUUUGAAGCUCUAGGAUCUAAUAUAAGUCUUAGGUGUGAUGUGCUUGUUGGAGGUUUAGACAGAAUGCAACAAGCUAUUGCUCUUGGGAAACGGCCUCAUGUUAUCGUUGCAACACCUGGUCGUCUGUGGGAUCAUUUGUCUGAUACGAAAGGCUUUUCUCUGAAAACAUUGAAAUAUUUGGUUCUUGAUGAAGUGGAUAGACUGCUGAAUGAAGAUUUUGAGAAAUCUCUUAACCAGAUUUUGGAAGAGAUUCCUCGUGACCGUAAAACAUUUCUUUUUUCAGCGACUAUGACUAAAAAGGUUCGAAAACUUCAAAGAGCUUGUUUGAGGAAUCCUGUGAAGAUUGAAGCUGCCUCCAAAUAUUCCACUGUUGAUACUCUAAAACAGCAGUAUAUGUUUGUUCCUAAGAAAUACAAGGUACCUUGUAUUCAUCACAAGAGCCUGGUAGAUACUUUGAUGCUUCGGAGACUUGGUUUUAGAGCCAUUCCUAUCAGCGGUCAAAUGACUCAGUCAAAGAGACUAGGAGCCUUGAAUAAGUUCAAAUCAGGGGAAUGCAACAUCUUGGUUUGUACGGAUGUGGCUAGUAGAGAGCUCGAUAUCCCAUCGGUUGAUGUGGUUAUCAAUCACGACAUUCCCGCAAAUCCAAAGGAUUACAUUCAUAGAGUGGGAAGAACGGCUCGUGCUGGACGUUCUGGUGUCGCGAUAUCACUUAUGAGCCAGUAUGAGUACAUACCGUUCAAACAAAUAGAGAAUCUCAUUAGUAAGUAA